AUGGUCUUAGAUCAGUGGAUAGAGUCUGUCAAAACUUGUAAAUACCUUCCAGAAAAUGAGCUUAGAAAAUUAUGCAGCUAUGUUAGUGAAUUGCUGAUCGAAGAGUGCAAUGUACAGCCUGUUUCUUUCCCUGUUACCAUAUGUGGUGAUAUUCAUGGACAGUUCUAUGAUCUUUUGCAGUUAUUUCGCAGAGGGGGCAAACUACCUGACAGGAAUUAUAUUUUCAUGGGAGAUUUCGUUGACCGUGGUUAUUACAGCCUUGAAACUCUCACAUUCCUUCUUGUUUUAAAAGCCAAGUAUCCCGCACAAAUAACAUUACUGAGAGGAAACCAUGAAAGUCGGCAAGUUACCCAGUGCUAUGGCUUCUAUGAUGAAUGUAUCAAUAAAUAUGGCAAUGCAAAUCCAUGGCAUUAUUGUUGCAAAGUCUUCGAUCUUCUUACUAUAGCUGCAUUGGUUGGGGAAAAAGUCCUUUGCGUUCAUGGAGGUCUUUCACCUCAAAUCAAAACACUUGAUCAAAUCCGAACAAUCGACAGACAUAUGGAAAUACCCCAUGAAGGUCCUUUUUGUGACAUUUUAUGGUCAGAUCCUGAUGAUGUAGCCCAAUGGGCUGUCAGUCCGCGUGGUGCCGGAUACUUAUUUGGACCAAAAGUCACUCAUGAAUUUGUUGAGUUAAAUGGUUUGGAGUCCAUUUGUAGGGCUCAUCAACUUGUUCAUGAAGGUUAUAAGUGUAUGUUUGAUGGACGGCUAAUCACUAUUUGGUCAGCUCCAAAUUACUGUUAUCGUUGCGGGAAUAUAGCAGCAAUUUUGGAGUUUCAAAGUCCGACACAAUUCGACGCCAAACUUUUUGAGGCUGUACCAGAUGAAGAAAGAGUCAAACCUCCUCUAAGAAUUACUCCUUACUUCUUAUAA